AUGCUACCCUAUAUUGUUGCAGUAGUUGUUGUUGGUCUGGCAUUGUGGAUGUUCAGACCAAAGGCCUCGACAUGUGGCCUCGAGCACCCAGGCGUAAUAUAUAAUCGCUGGAGAAAUGUUGCCAAGGGCUACAACAUGGACAACUUUAUGAAUGACACCAUGCCACUGAAGGAGCCACACACCUACAAGACCGUGUUGAAGGAGGCCCUCCAUCUCAAGAAUGAGGAGAUGAAGCAUUACGAAGCAUUGAUGGUCAUGCAACGCGUGGUCGCCACGUACAAGAAGUUGACGAUGGAUGGUGACAAGCUGGGCAAAGAGAUCAAGGACUACAUCGAGAUGAACAAGGAGUACCGCGUCAUGUACAACGAGUCCGUCCAACACUACGAUCUUGUCGAUGCCUUCUUCAACGAGAAGGACUGGACCGUUGAUCCCAACCUCGAGCACGAGGUCCAAUACUCCUACCGCACUGAGGGUCGCAGACUCAGAUCAAGAAAGUUCAUCAAGGUCGUCAACUUGCCAUUGAAGAACCUGGCCAUGCGUUGCCAAGAGAUUGAUUUGAUCAACACUUGGAAGUGGUACCAGUCUGGAAAGGUGAUCUCAACUCCAACUUCAAAGGGAACUGUUCUUUGCUCAAUCAUUUCGAUCCUCAGCAGAAUAUUCAUCCUGAACAGAGCUGCCUACUGCUGGAAGCUCAACUUCAGACUGCCGGACAACUCCAUCGUCAUCGCCUACAACGGAGCCAACAACAGACAGUCCGACUACGAUCUCCCCGCCCUACCCACCGGAUUCGCCUACCCAGACAUCUUCUACCACGCUUUCCGUCUCAUCCCAUUGACUCCACACAAGACUAUUGUGAUCUCGGUCAUGGAGAGUGAUCCAAAGAUCUGGUUCUUGACUCGUGAGAUGUUCAUCAAGCAAGGCAAGACAUUCGGAUGCCGUGAGUUGAAGCUCAUGUCUGACUUCUCAAGCGACAUCCAUGGCACACCAUACCAAGAGUUUGCCAACCAUCCAUUCUACGAUGGUUUAUAA